UCGGCGUACUCGAUCAAGAUGUCUAUCAUCCACCUUAGCCACCUCGACCACGCAACAGAUGCAUAUUUGAACCAGGCCUUCUCCCAGCACGGCCUUCAUGCCGAAGCUCAUGUUAUCACCAAUAAUGAAGACAAAAGCCCAAACUCCUCAGCCUUUGUCAAGAUCGCCAAUGGGCAGGAGGUAGGAAAAGCAAUGGAUUUAAUCAACCAAUCCCAUAUUGUCGGGUUGGAAGCUACUGCUAGGAUUAUCCGCCCUUCUACCCUCUACGGAAAAACGCCAGCUGAUGCUUUUUUCUCUCCGCCUACGCCUUGGGGAGACCUCUACAAGACGGAAGACUGGGAUACUUGA